AUGAAGAGGACCCUGUUGCUUGCCCUAGGCAUCCUAUCCCUGCUGAACCAGGCAAUCGUGGUAAAAGGCGCAUCCGUUCUGGGCAUAGAUUUUGGAAAUGAGUACAUAAAAGUAUCCAUUGUGUCACCAGGAAAAGGUUUCAACAUUUUAUUGAACAACCAAAGUAAGCGAAAAAUAACGAAUGCAAUAUCUUUCAGUAGCAAAGUCAGAACCUUCGACGAGGAAGCCAAAAUAUACAGUGCAAAGCAUCCACAUCUAACCAUCCAAAAUGGGAACAACUAUUUAGCCUACAAUAUAUUCGAUGCAUUGAAAAAUAAGGAAAAUUUUAAUGCGGAAAAUUAUGAUGAGAGUAAUGAAGAUUUUUAUGCAGAUGUGAAUAAUUACGAAUUUCAUCAGGAAGGUGAUGCCACUAGUAAAUACUUUGAUCACGAUUAUGUGGUAGAUCACAAGAGAGGAACCAUCAGCUUGAAACUGAAGAAUGAUAUGGUUCUGUCUUCCGAAGAAAUUACGGCAAAUAUAUUGGGAUACAUAAAGAAGCUGGCGUACAAUCAUCUAAAUGUGGAUUACAAAACGAAGAGAUCCGUAAAUGUACAUAUAGGCUGUGUCAUAUCCAUUCCGUGUAAUUACCCACAAAGGAAGAAGGAGGCUCUCCUCAAUGCAACAAAAAUAGCAGGCCUGGAAUUACUAGGGUUAGUCAAUGGAGUCACCGCUGCUGCUAUACACAAUGUGCACGAUCUGCCUUUGAAUACGACCAAAUUAACCAUGUACUUGGAUGUGGGAAGUAAAAAUAUCAAUGUGGGAAUAGGAACAAUUAGCCAUGUGGAGAAAGAUAAAGUGAAAACUAGAAGCGUUAAAAUGUAUGCAUGUGAAGUUAUAGAAAACAAAUCAGGAAAUCAAAUCGAUGUACUACUAGCUGAGCACUUGAGGAAGAAAUUUGAAGAAAAAUAUAAUUUGUCCAUUUAUGACGAUAGGAAAGCCAUGCGGAAAUUAGUCCUAGCAGCGAAUAAAGCAAAAUUGUUGCUCAGUGCUAAAAAAUCUACAGAUGUUUUUAUAGAAAGCUUGUAUAAGAAUAAAAGUUUGAACGAAACAGUGACAAGACAAGAAUUCGAGGACCUAAUUGAAGAAGUGAUCUUAAAUUUUAAAGUUCCAAUUAAUAAUGCCCUUAAGAGAGCUUCCUUCGAAUUGAAAGAUAUUGAAGCUUUAGAAUUGAUUGGUGCUGCAUGGAGAGUCCCCAAAGUACUAAAUGAAAUCACCGCCUUUUUUAAUCCCCUAACUGUGGGUAUGCACCUCAACAGUGAUGAAGCAGUCACCAUGGGAAGUCUGUAUAUUGCCGCCUACAACAGUGCAAAUUUUCGUUUGAAAGAUUUGAACUACACAGAUAUUUUGUCAAAUGAAUAUCACAUAUUAGUUCGAAAUGGUGAAGAGGACCAAACAUCAGAUGAUCAAAAAAAUCCGAAGGAAAUUAUUGCCUAUAACUCCAGAUACCCCCUUACAAAAAGCGUCAUAUUAAAAUAUAAGGAAAAUGUAAAAUUUUCCAUUUUGGAAAAUGGGAAGGUACUGAAUGAAUAUUCUGUGAACCCUAUUGAUGAAGCGACGAAGAAGAAGUACGAAAAGUUUGACCAUCCGAAGCUGAGCCUAGAAUUUCAGCUGGAUAAGUUUGGAAUUUUGACACUAGAAAAUGCAUUCCUGAUUUAUGAGGAGAAGAAGGAGGUAGAAACUAGCGCAGAGAAGUCGGAUGAGCAGGAGAAAAAGGAGGAGUCCAAUGUGGAAACGAGUGAGGAGACACCUGGUGAUGUUAACAUCGAUGCCACUGGGGAAGGGAAAGCCACCGACAAAGAAGCGACGAAAGAAGAGGCAACGGAAGCAGAUGGAAAAAAAACCCAAGUGGUUAAACACUCAGUGAAGGUGACCUAUCAGGUCAAAAACAUUAAGCCGACCCCCUUGACGAACGAGGAAGUGAGCGCCAAGAAGGACAUUUUAAAAAAAAUGGACGAGCAUGAUAUUAAUAUCUUCCUCAAAUCGGAGAGAAAAAACAAACUCGAGUCCUUUAUUUACGAGUCCAGAAGCAAAAUGAAACAGGACAUAUUCAAACAGGUAUGCAAAGAAGAUACCCGCACCGAGUACCUAAACAAAUUAGAGGAAUAUGAGGAAUGGCUUUACACUGAAAAUGACGAACCCCUAGAAAAUGUUAGUAACAAAAUAAGGGAGCUGGAAGAUGUCUACUUUCCCAUUAAGGAGAGAGCAGAGGAAUUACAGGUAAGGGAAAAACUAAUCAAAGACACGAACGCAAAAAUUAUGGAAAUGCAACAGAAAGUGAUAGAAUAUACAGCAGCCAAACCUUGGGCCGAGGAAACCAUUAAAGUUGUGAGAGAUUCAUUGGAGAAAGCAGUAGAAUGGUGGAAGGACGCACAGGAAGAACAAAAAAAAUUAGAUAAUUAUUCUCCACCAUUUUUUAAAGCCAAAGAAGUAGAGAUGAAAUUUAAAUCCAUCCAUUUGCUAAUCAGAAGUUUGGAGAAAAUUAAAAAGCCCGCCGAGAAAAAAGAGAAAAAAGAGAAAAAAGGAGACGAAAAUGCUGCAUCCAGCGCAAAGGAUAAAAAAAACAAUCCCAACGAUGAACAACAGAGCAAGGAUGAAUCACAGAAUGACAACUCAAAUGAGAACAAGGGAGAUUCGAACGAAGGGCCCGACCAAGAAGCUUCCGAAGCGAAGGAUGGCGAACAGAAGGGCGAAUCGGGUACAAGCACAAAUGAGUCGUCAUCUGAUAAUAAUGGGUCCCAGGAGCAAAAGGACGAAUUGUAA